GCAAUUCUGUCCGUCCAUUUCCUCAUCCAAAACCAAAACCAAAACCCAAACCAUGCUCUCACCACCACCAUCAUCGUCCCCUCAUGGGCUGCCCUGUCACCGCCCUUCCGCCGCUUCCCCCUCCCAUCUUCUCCCACCACCGCCGCCGCCACCUCCAUGAAACCUCCACCACCACCAGCUCCCGCCUCCACCUGACCCGCCGCUCCCUCCUCCUCUCAACCACCCUCUUUCUCUCCUCUCCUCCGCCGUCCUCGGCUUCACCUCCUCCUCCGCCUCCGCCGUCGCCGUUGCCGUCGUCGGCGCCGGACACCACGAUCACCGAACGCGUCUACCUCGACUUCAGCCUCUGCCCCAACUACUUCCGCCCCGACCGGACCCUCUCCGACGACGUCUCCUCCCUUUGCUCCGACUCCCUCCUCCUCGGCCGCGUCGUCCUCGGCCUCUACGGCAAGCACGUACCCCUCACCGUCUCCAACUUCAAGUCCAUGUGCACCUCCGCCACCUACAAAGGCAGUUUCGUCCACAAGCUCUUCCCAGGGCAGUUCCUCCUCGCCGGCCGCCAGGGCGACAAGCCUGGCGAGGUCCGCCGCCCCUCCGGUUUGGCGCGGAACACCGAGACCGUCGACGCUAAGGCCUUUGCCCUAACUCACUCCAGACCUGGCUUGCUCUCGCUCUGUUUAUCGGAGAACGAUGACGACGACGAGAUGAAGCUCGAUCCGGAGUACCGGAACGUCGAAUUCUUGAUCACCACCGGUCCCGGACCUUGUCCUCAGCUCGAUGGGAAAAACAUUGUCUUCGGUUCAGUUCUUGAAGUAGGUCUGGAUGUGGUGACAUCCAUAGCCGCAAUACCUACGUACAGACCAGCAGAGAGGAUCCGGCAAUUCAAUGAUUUGGCGAAGUUUCUUGGUGAUGAGAGGGCUCAGAAUGCUCGCGCAAGUUGGAACAGACCGCUCAAGACUGUUUUCAUCAGUGACUGUGGGGAGAUCCAAGUGGCAAAGCCUUCGCUUUCUCCUAGUCUGCCUUGAUUGAUACAAUUCGUUGUCCAGACAAAUUUUCGAACUUCCAUGAGGUAGUGGUUCUUGCUCGUUUAUUUUAAUAUUGUUGUAUGUAAAAUGUGUGUUCUGUUCGGGAAAUGAUUUUCUUGUGAGUUUAGUGCCAAAAAAAAAAAGGGAUGAACCAGAGUUCCAUUAAUUCGAUAUCUUUGUAAAGGUAUGCUCCCUUUUGUUUUGCUUCUCCUAAAAGCUUUUUUCAUGCUGUAGAAACUGAAACAAAUAAAAAGAAACCUGUAUUCUUAGAAUAGAUCAGAGCUGUAUCUAUUGCUGAGACUGGCACAGGAGCAUCACCAUUUCUUCUGGUGUAAAAUUAUUAUUUUCUUUUAAGAAAAGAAUGGACUA